CACACAGCCACGCACAUCUCCAUCACCGUGGAGCUGAGACACCGCUGCAGCAUGACGGGAACACGGGCACGCUAGACGGACUCCUCGGUUUACCCAGCAGCUCAGCAUUUCCCUUAAAGUGGAGAUAAAAUCCUCUCAGACGCCAAAGACGACAGGAAACCAGGUCGAGUUGGAGCUCGGGUACCUCGAAACCAGCAGCGGCUGCUCUCCAGGGAGGGGGACGAAGAAGAAACCAUGAGUUCGUGCAGCGCAGACGUUAAGGAAAACCGCAAUCUGGACAACCUCUUCUCCAAAGAGGCGGUCACGGCUGAGGCUGCUCAACUCCCCAAUGGGAGUGCUGGGAGUGGGAGGAAGCGCCCCCUAGAGGAGGGCAGUAAUGGCCACACGCACUCAAAGUAUCGGCCGAAGAAGCGUAAGAAAGUCCCGGGGCCUGUCCUGCCAAAGAACGCCCUCAUGCAGCUGAACGAGAUCAAGCCAGGGCUGCAGUACAAACUGCUGUCUCAGACCGGGCCGGUCCACGCCCCUGUCUUUGUCAUGACUGUGGAGGUCAACGGGCAACUCUUCGAAGGCUCCGGUCCGACGAAGAAGAAGGCUAAACUGAACGCAGCGGAGAAAGCGCUGAGAUCAUUCGUCCAGUUUCCAAAUGCAUCCGAGGCCCACAUGGCGAUGGGCCGCACCCUAUCGGUGCACACGGACUUCACCUCGGACCAAGCCGACUUCCCCGACAUGCUCUUUAAUGCCUUCGAGAACUCCACUCCUGUGGAUGACCCUUUUUACCUCUCAUCCAAUAGUAAUGGGUCCUUCUGCUCGCUCGGAGUCGAGUACCCAUUACUCCCCUCCCCUGUUCCAAACUUGCUCCAGGCCCCCCUCCCUCCGACCCCCUCCACCUUCAUGUCCCCGACCAGCGGCAAGAACCCGGUCAUGAUCCUGAACGAGCUGCGGCCGGGCCUCAAGUACAACUUUGUGUCGGAGAGCGGGGAAAGCCACGCCAAGAACUUUGUAAUGUCGGUGAGGGUGGACGCUCAGAGCUUCACGGGAUCAGGGAGGAACAAAAAGCUGGCCAAGGCUCGGGCCGCUCAGGCCGCCCUGUUCGCUCUGUUCAACAUGCAGCUGGACCAGGCGCCAUCGAGACAGCCGAUACCACGGGAGGGACUGCAGCUCCACCUGCCACAGGUCCUGGCAGAUGCCGUUUCCCGUCUGGUCGUCGACAAGUUCAGCGAGCUGACGGAGAACUUCACGUCUCCGCACGCUCGGCGGAAAGUGCUGGCAGGCGUCGUAAUGACAACAGGUACGGACGUGAAGGAAGCAGAGGUGAUCUGCGUCUCCACAGGAACAAAGUGCAUAAACGGCGAGUACAUGAGUGACCGAGGCUUGGCUCUAAACGAUUGUCACGCUGAGAUCGUGGCUCGUCGCUCCCUCAUCAGGUUCCUCUACUCACAGCUGGAACAUUUCCUCAGUAACCACGAAGACGAGCACCAGAAGUCGAUUUUCACCCGCUGUGAGAACAGACAAGGAUUCAAGCUGAAGGACAACGUCCAGUUCCACCUUUACAUCAGCACGUCGCCAUGUGGAGACGCCCGGAUCUUCUCGCCACACGAGGCAGGCGUGGAGGAUCAGGGAGACAGGCACCCCAACAGAAAAGCUCGCGGUCAGCUCCGCACUAAGAUUGAGUCUGGAGAAGGAACCAUCCCAGUCAGAUCGAGUAACACCAUCCAGACGUGGGACGGCGUUCUACAGGGCGAGAGGCUGCUCACUAUGUCCUGUAGCGACAAGAUCGCCAGGUGGAACGUGGUAGGCUUCCAGGGCUCUCUGAUGAGCUACUUCACUGAGCCGCUCUACUUCUCCAGCAUCAUCCUGGGUAGCCUGUACCACGCUGACCACCUCUCCAGAGCCAUGUACCAACGGAUCAGUGACAUUGAGGACCUGCCUCCAUCCUUCAGCCUCAACAGGCCGCUGCUCAGCGGAAUCAGUAACGCAGAGGCUCGUCAGCCAGGAAAAGCUCCAAACUUCAGCGUGAAUUGGACAGUAGGAGAUCAGGGUCUGGAGGUGAUCAACGCCACCACAGGGAAAGACGACCUGGGUCGACCAUCCAGACUCUGUAAACACGCUCUGUACAGCCGCUGGAUGCGCCUGCACUGCAAGCUGUCGUCCACACUGCGGAUCAGGACACAGAGGCCGAGCAGCUACCACGAGGCGAAGCAGGCGGCGGUGGAGUACCACGGCUCCAAACAGAGCCUGUUCAGGGCGUUUCAGCAAGCCGGCCUCGGAGCGUGGGUGAAGAAACCCAUCGAGCAGGACCAGUUCGCUCUCAACACCUGAGAUGAAACGCCGCCUUCACCGUGGAUUUUACUCUCUGACGCUGUUCUCUGCGCAGUGUCGUUCCCCUGGAUCGGAAUCAGCGGAUCAAAACUUCUUGCUCAUUUUUAAACCUCAUCGUUCUUCUUCCUCUCAGCCAGCACUAAAAGAAAAAUUCACUCAGUUAUGCAACUUUAUACAAAAAUGUACAGAGACUGUGAGAACGUGUAAAUAGGAGAAGAGUCUUCAUUCUGCAUGUGUGAUCAAACCAAAACCAUCAGGACAUCUGCAAACUCGUUUCAUGAUCGCUGUUACGAGAAAUGGAGAAUGUUUUGGUCCAUCUUUUCUGCUGCAGAUUUUGACUCCACGACACCAGGAUGUUUGAGUUAUUCGUAAUUAUCCGAACUAAAAGUCAAAGAAGCUAUGUCUCUUUACAUUCCUCUUGUUCUUCUUGCCUGUAAACAAACAAAGCCAACAUUUUCCUCUCAGAUUUGAUGAAUGUUGAAUCAACAAACUGGCUAAAUCUAAUCGAACUGGACUGAAUCAAAUCAUGAAUUGGGUUAAAUCUGACCAAACCAGACAAACUGAUUUGGAUUGAACCAAGCUGGAUCAGGCAGGACUGAACUGGAUUGGAUCGGCCCAAAUUGAAACAAUAAAUUAAUUCAAAUCCUAUCAGACCUAAUCAAAUCUGAUUGAAUCAAACUGAAUGACUCACAUCAACAGAUUGAAAGGAAUCCGGACCAGUCGAAUCAGAUCAAAUCAUAUUUAAUUGGACCACAUCAAAUCAAAUCUGACCGAACAGUUCAAACCAAGUUUGACCAAACUGAAUCAACUUACAGUGGCUUGCAAAAGUAUUCAUACCCCUUGAACUUUUUUUUUCUUCACGUUACAACCAUAAACAUCAAUAUAUUUUACCGGGAUUUUAUGUGAUAGAUCAACAUAAAGUGGCGCAUCUACAUCAACUUCAAUCUGAACCAUUCCAUUGUAGCUCUGGCUGCAUGUUUAAGGUCAUUGUCCUGCUGGAAGGUCAACCUCCGCCCCAGUCACAAGUCCUCUGCCAAUUCUAAAAGGUUUUCCUCCAAGAUUGCCCUGUAUUUGACUCCAUCCAGCUUGCCAUCAAUUCUGACCAGCUACCCUAUCCAGGCUGAAGAAAAGCAUCCCCACAGCAUGAUGCUGCCACCCCCAUGUUUCACAGUGGGGAUGGUGUGUUCAGGGUGAUGUGCAGUGUUAGUUUUCCGCCUUGCGUUUAGGCCAAAAAGUUCAAUUUUAGUCUCAUCUAACCUCCACUUCAUGACGUAACAUCUAAUGUGUCCCCCCACAUGGCUUUUUUACAACACUGGCUUUCUUCUUGCUACUCUUCCAUAGCGGCCAGAUUUGUGGAGUGCAUGACUAAUAGUUGUCCCGAGGGCAAACUGAAACAAUGAAUCCGAUCAAAUCUGACUGAAUCAGACCAGACUGGACCAGAACCAAUUGUAUUCGCAGCUUGGAUCAAAUCAGAUGAAAUUUAAGCAACAAAUUUAACUGAAGUUUAACUGAAUUAGGCCAGACUACCAGACCAGAUCAAAUCAAAUCAGGCCAAGUCAAAGCAACAAAUUGAACUGAAUCUGAUUUAAUCUAAUUGAAUCUGUCCUUGUCAAAUCUGACUAAUAAAAAAUUGAACCAGACUGAGCUGAACUGAUGCAAAUGUGAGUAUAUCAAGCCAAAGAAAGCAUUGAACUGAAUCAAGGUCUAAUCAAAUUAGACCAAACUGAAUCAACAAAUUUAAUCAAAUCUGACUUAAUCUAUUCGACUCCAAAUGGAAUAUGACUGAAUCAAACUGAACCACACAGAAUUGAGUUGAAUCAGAGCUGACCAAAACAGAUAAGACCAGACCACAACCAAUUGAAUCAUUGGCUAAGAUCAAACCACAGUGAAUUGUAUCAACAAAAAAGAUUGGAUCUGACCACACUGAAUCGGAUCAUAUAAAGUCUUUUUAGUACAAAUAAAACCAGACCAGAAUGAGUCGAAUCAGACUGAACAGAUCAAAUCAGAUCGGGCCUAAGUGAAUUAAUAAAUUGAAUGGAAUCUGACUUAAUCUAACUGAAUUGCCCAAUUCAGAAUGGACCAGAACCAACUGAAUCGACAGCUUGGAUCAGAUCAGAGUGAAUUGAAUCAACAAACUGAACUGAAUCUGACCACACUGCAUCAGAGCAAAUCAAGUCUCAGCAGACCAAAUCGUAUCAAUUGUGACCGAAUCGAAUCAGACCGUACUGAACUGUAUUGAAUCUGUUUGAAUCAGAUAAGACUGGACCAGAGACUGAAUCAGAGUUAAUCAAAUCAGUGAGCUGAAUUGAAUCUGACCGAAUCAAAUCAAACCAACGGAACAAGUGGAACAGUCAAAUAGGACCAGUCUGAAUUAAAUCAAAUUAAUUUGACUGCAUCAAAUUAAAUCGGGCCAAAUCGUCCAGUAUUUUGUUGAAUUGCCAUUGAAUUGGAUUUAAGCCUGGAAGUCUAGAUCUUAAUUGAACUGCCUUAAAAAGGCACCACUAUUACCUCGACAUUGGCUAAAUGAAGACUGUUGUGAUUUAAUGUGGAUUGCUUUUGAGACAACGUUCUUGUGUACUCAUGAGGGCAAUCUUGUUGAAACAGUUUGCUUUUGCUUCAACUUUGUCAUUUUACUUGUAUUACCCUUAGCUAGAACUACUGUCUUUGCUAUUAGCUUAAUAAUGGCUGAAACCUGUCUGAAACAAACUUUAAUGCAAAUAAGAUCAAACGUGUCGUGGAGUGAUCAUCUGCCUGCAGAAACCACAGUAAACUUGAUUUUUUUUUUUUUUUUUUUUGUCUUUGUUACAGCCAGUAAAAAACCACCAAAGAUGAUGUCAGAGUCAGUCACAGUUUUGGUAUAUUUAUUUUCUGUUUUUAUUUAUGAAUUUAUCUGUUUUUAUACCUGUUCUCUUCCUCUUCAAACCAAUGGGAUGUACAUUUUAGAACCAAAUUUUAUCUUCUUUGAUUCAGUAAAUGUUUCAACCUUUAAAUUUUGGUUGAUUUCCGUUACUGUGAUGUAAAGGCCUCAGAUUCCCACAGCGUAAAUGAAUAGCACUUUAUUUGAGUGGGCUUUAAUUACCUAGUAAUUUUAUAGUGGUAAUUAUCAAAUUGUUUCUCAAGAAAAAGGUGGUAAUUACCUAGUCAUGUGUGUGAAUUUA